CUAACAUGUUCUCUUUUGUAUUUGGAGGUUCGUGAACCUUUGAGGAGUAUGGAGAGGCAAUUCAGAAAACAAACUUGAUUCACAAAAUUGUCAAGGAUGUACUUUUGCACAGCUUUUAAGCAACCAGGAGCCAAGGGAUUUUGCAAAGCCAACACAGGUGCAGUUUUAGUUAAAAUAAAAUAGGGCUUCUCCCCUGAGCCCCUUGCACAGUGACAGUCCCAGUCCCAUUGAACACAGCUGAGGCAGAAGUGCAUUACAUGUGAAGACACAGCAAGGCUCAUGCAGUACCUGGGAGAAGCUUUUGAGCUGGAAUGCUGCUCCUUCUAAUCAAAUGGUACCUUAUAGACCUAGAGAGAUACACUAUUGCCCGAAUAGCAUUCCUGAUUUCCAGGCAAAUGGCAUUCUCAGGUCACAGUUUAGCCUUCAGAAAAUGAAAGAGAAGCUCUCUUUUCAACAAAAGCUUCUCAGGUUCUGUUCAGGAAUUUUUAUUCAAACUAAAUGAAAGGUCACUUAACUUCUAACUGGCAUUUCCUCUAUCUCUGUUUCCUUCUGAAUACGAGCUUUUCCUGUACCCAUUAAAAAGUUGGUUUGACUUUUUCCUUAUUUUAUAAAAAGAAAAACCAAAUUAGAAAAUAUUUUAAAAGACAGAUGAGGAAGGUUUUAGUUUUUAAAAUUAAAUGAAGCAAAAGAGAACAAAAAUCCUCUUGCUUUCAAAGUAAAUUCCAGCAAAACCUUAUUUUGAAUUUCACAAGUUGAAAGACUCUUCUGCUUGUGUUUUUUUAACACCAGAAAAUCUAAUAUAAAAGUAUAUGUUUUUGAAAAUCUCUAAUUUUUUCUUGAAAAAAAUUUAUCCUGCAUGUAAAUGAUUCAUCCAGUAGGAAUGUAAAUACGAAAACACGUCAGAUGUCUUUAUACCUCAUAUCUUACUUUUCAAAGUCUCUAAAAGGCUGAUCUUCUUAUCUUUCCAAAAGGAGAAAUGGGAACUGUUGUCUGACUAAUACAAAACAAUUUAUUGGCCCUGUUUGAGCCAAAGUAGAUCCAGAUUGACUUGAAAGGAUUGUCAAAUAUUUUUAUAAAAAAAAGAUUUGGGUGGAGUUUCAGGACUGUAGCAAAACAUAAAAACAGGCCUCUUUGGUGUGGCUUUGGGCUUGUUUGCAAACAUAUUGUAGAGUUUGAGAAUUUCUUUUGAUGAUCAGCCUAACUUCUCUUUCUUUAGUUUAAUUUCAUUUUUCCUGAUUGCAUUCCUUUGCCCCACCCUAAAGUGAACACUCGCUUUUAGCAGUGUUUACAAUUUCUAGAUCUUUGCACUAGGUUUGCUGUCAUCACAUUAUAGCAAAAGCUUGCACAUUCAAGGCAAAUUCCUUAAAGGUCAGUUAUACAAGCCUUCUAGUCUUUUUUGCUGCUCUUUCUUUACUUUAUUUUUAUGUGACAGUACCUUCCAACUUUCGAACAGCUUUCCUUAUUUUUCUACUGUGCUACAAAAAUGGCCAAUUCGUUCCUAGCUCUGCAAUGAAAUGCCAUGGUAAUUGCAUUUAUUAAAUAUUACACCUUUCUAAAGUUUUCAAUAAUUCUUAGGUCUUUGCUCAAGAUCAUUAUUGUCCCAGUAUACUAACUUGUAAUUUCUAGUUUGACAAUCAUUUUGUAAUUUUCUGCCAAUAUUUUAUGUCAUCUCCCCAGCAGAGAUUGCAUUUUUCUUUGCUAACUGCUGUUUGCAUUCCUUCCCAAUUCUGCUGCAAAUUUAAUUUACUUGCUGUUUGACCCUUUUGCUAUUAACAAUUAGCAAUGAAAAUACUAUUUUACCUUAUAUUAUUCUCCAUCAUGGUUUAGUUCCUGUACUUUCUAUUUCUAUUUUUUUCAAAUGAUUAAAAAAAACAAAGUGAAAAAAUAGAGAAAUGCAAAACUAUGGGCAAAUUAUCAGUUUUUGUAAAAUUAAUACAGAUCAACUAAAGUCAUUGGAAUUUCUUGAUUUAACUAAGAAUUUGACCUUUCGAUUUCUUGUUACCUUGGACAAUUUUCAGAGUUACAUGGUGAAUAAUAUGAAAGCAGAAGACUUUUGCAGAGAUUGUUUACCCCAGCUACAGCUUUAAUUCUUCGUCAUGACUAAGAUGUGGCUAAUUGCUCAUCUCAGAUGGCAUUAUUUUUAUUUCCAUACAUUUCACAGUUAUCACUCUAGUGAUCAACUUACCAUACAACAUUCCAGAUGGGUUUUCUGAGGAAGUCAGUGCAACAUGAAAACAAAUAAACAUAUUCUCUGUACUCCAGGUUUGCAACAGAAUGCCUGUACAACCUUGUUAAUUACAUCUGACCUCUAUGUUUCCAGUCUGUUUAAAACAUUAACAAGAGCAUCCUCCCUAAUUCUUCCAUAUUAAUACACAUAAAUGUUUUUGACAUGCUCAAAUAUCAGUGACAUGAGGGCUGUAAAAGAAAACAGGAUGAUUUACAUUGAGAACAUUUAUGGAAUGUUUAUGUUAAAUGUCUAAUUAGUCUCUAAACAGACAGACAUCUCCCAUAUAGCAUUGAGGGCAUUAUACUGCAGUGUUGUCAAGCCUCAUAUGGAGAGACAAAAUCUUUAGUCUUAGUAGGGCAACGACAGCUCUUUGAGGGAGAAAGAAAAGGAUGUUUGAGUAUUUAUCCAGAAUAACAAAAUGCCAACAUCAUUCUGUGGAGUUCCUUAUUUUGCAGAUGUAGCAAGUCAUAAACAGAGAUUUUGACUCUACUAAAGUCUUUCAACAAAUUAUUGGAACCAGGAUCCCAACCUCCCAUGACCUCACCCUGACUUUCUCAAUAUGCAGAUUAAUUACUCAGCUGGUUAGUGAGAAACUACAUGAUGGCAUUCUGGGCAGAAGCAGACAGGUGUAAUCAUCAUGUCGCAAAAAUAUAAAUGAGGAAAGAAAUUAAAAUAGAAAAAGACCUAGCUGUGACUGAGGAAAUAUCUUCCUGCCUCUGUAACUGAUCACAGAGCAGAGGGUGCAACUAGUGCAGUUGGUACACAUUAUUAAUAGUCACGUCUCCUGGUGUGAUAGCUAGAAGAUGCUGGAGAGUGUCCAGCACCUCUGGGAGAUUUCAGCUGCCCUGAAUUCCAUGUCAGUGGAGAGGGGGCAAAGGUGCAGGGUCAAACCCUAACAGAAUUACCAUUGCAUAAGGUGUGAGAAGCAGUUGUUCCAAGUAGCGAGGUAAGCAUUGAGGAGCUGCUCAGUGCUUACCUUUCUCUUGGAAACAGAUAGGUAUGUGUAAAUCGAUCACUUUCUAAUCUCCAAGAAGAUACAUUUGCAGAAGAAUCAAAUGUAGACACAUAAAAAGUUGCUAUCAACUGCAUCAGAAAAGAACCAAAGUUUCUGCAGUUCUACACAGUGUGUUUAACAGUUCAGAAAGCAGUUUAUUCCUCACAGCAGAUGUAUUAUCACAAAACUAACCCUCAGAAAGCUCUCACCAGUUGGGAAAGCUUUCUACAAAGAAAAGUAGGGUCAAGAUCACAACUGUAAUAGUAGAUAGUAAGGUAGAUUCAUUUGAAGUGCCAGUGAUCUUCUCAUACUGGAGUAUAUAAGUGUUUUAAGAGGAAACGACAGUGACUCAGUAGGCUUAAUUCCAUUACUGCAAUAUAUUAAGUGUAUACCUCUCACUGGAGGCUAUUGAUACUCAGUGUUGAGAUGUGUUCUCUCUUGAAAAUGGCCUUGAGCAACUCAUAAUUAAAAGCUACUCAUCUACUGUGGGUCCCUCCUCCUCAUAUAUACAGUGUGUUUCUCUACUCCCCAGCCCAUUUGCAAGAGGAAUGAAUUGGUUUCAAAUUCCUUCACUCUAGCUUACAGUUUGGUUGUCCCUGAGAAUGGGAGGGUUAACACAGAGCUGCCAUAACCCAGUCCCACUUGAUUUUAUGUCUGAAUUCUCAGGCUUCUUAGUGGGCCUGGCUCUUGUGAAAUCUUUGGUUUCAAACUGUGUAUGUUGAAAUUUUUGUGUCUUGAGAAGCAGAAAUGUCCAGGAGGGACAUAGCAUCUCUUGGGGCACUCACUGCUCUGCAGCCAUCUAUCAUAAUAAAUUCUUCUACAGGCAUAUGUUGUACAAAUAGUCAAUUUCUAUUCUGAAAUACAGUGCAUAUGUUAAUGCACAAUUAUUUCAUAAUCUAUCUUCUACCAUCUGAAUAUUCAUGAUGCGGUGAUAUUUUUCAUUCUGUACAUUUUCACUCCCUCCCAAACCUCGGAAGGUAAGGACUGCAUUUCUUCCCAAUGAAGUUAUAAAGAUUAGAAAAUGAAGAGAGCAUUUUGUUACUUCUUGUUUUCCAAGAGUUUGUGAAAGUAGUUUAGCAAGCAAUGAGAAUAAUUGCACCACUAUCAGGCAAAAGCCUGAAUAAGCUGUCAGCCACUACAAAUGAUCAUUGCCCAGUCUGAGGAGAAAAAAAAAAAAAAAAAAAAAAAAGCUGCUCUUAAAUUUUUCAGAAAGUGUCACAUACUUCAAGCUGACUUACAUAAAUCAUGUUGGGUAUUACAAUGCUGAAUGAAAAAUUUACCAGUCACACCAGCUUCUAUUCCGGCUCCUCUCAGAAAUGACUUAAAAGUGGAUACUUAGUCCAUGUCUCACAGUACUAGGGUUUCACCAUUUUCACAGCACAUAUUAAAUGACAUUUUACUCUUCAGCUGUGUAGACUGUUCGGAGAGUAAUCAAAAUAAAAGAUAUUUAUUAUUUUUAAUCACCACAAAGAAGAAAAAAGAAAGCUUUCCAAUCUUAUGUAAAGCAUUGUGUCAGAAUAGAUUGGAAAGUAAUUUACCAGAGUCUGCCAGGGAUUUCAUUUCUUAAUGAAAAUAAUAGGUAAAAUUAUUUCUCCUAAAUUUAGGACUUCCCCAAGACACAUAUGUUAGACAGCAUCUAACCUGUCUACGUCACCUGUCAACGUCACAAGGGUAUAAACCAUUAAAAUGAAAUAAAGCUAAGCUGCACUUGAAAGAUCAAACAACAUUGCAAUGCAUCAAAAUUUUAGUAACGUUUGUUUUUACCUGCUAUGCCAUGAAUGUCAGCAGUCUCCUAGUCAAACUUGUUUAGCGCACAUUAACAAUCUGCUCUAUAUACUAUCAGUUUUUGCUGGCUUUCCUGCCACGGUGAUGUCUGUUCCUAUAAGUCCUCUGUUCCAUUCAGACUGCUUAAUUGUCAUUUAGUUCUACUUCUAGUUCUGCUCAGGAUCUUUGCUCCUGUUGACAUCUUUUCAAUCACUUUUGAAAGCUGAGGUAGCAUCUCUGAGUAAGGGGAGACUGACACUAUACAAAGGGACCAAUAUGAAGAAAUUAAUAUUUUCCUACUUUGAUGUCCAGUACUUCUCCAAAUUUCACACAGCACAGUGUUUUCUGACCACAUUUAAUGGCUUCUUUGAAUUGUAUACCCGCCCACUCUUUUUAGUCACCUCUAGCAAGAGUCUAGUGGUAGCUCAAAGCAUCAAAGGUACAUCCCAAAUAUCUGGAAGACUACAUAGAAUAGUAAAAGAUAAAAGCAAACCAAUUCCAGAGCUUCUCAGCAGCUCAGGAAAAAAGAGUUUUAUGGAAUAUGUCAGUAGCUCUUCCUGAAUUACCAAUACAUGGAAUGGAAAUGGAACUUGGAGGUACAGGAAGCUACAGGCACAAAGUGAAUCAAGUUAUCUACCACUGCAUUCUUCCAGUACCGAGUUCCUUGUCAAAUGAUGAGUUCAUCAUAAACAGAUCUUACAGGUGAACAAGGUGAUGUCCAUCUUGUUUUAUGUGAUAUUUCUUGCAUAUCUUCGUGGCAUUCAGUCAACUAAUAUGGAUCAAAGGAGUUUGCCAGAAGAUUCAAUGAAUUCUCUCAUUAUUAAACUCAUUCGGGCAGACAUCUUGAAAAACAAGCUUUCUAAGCAGGUGAUGGAUGUCAAGGAAAACUAUCAAAACAUAGUGCAGAAAGUAGAGGACCACCAGGAGAUGGAUGGAGAUGAAAAUGUGAAAUCAGACUUCCAGCCAGUUAUUUCAAUGGAUACAGACCUCCUAAGGCAGCAGAGACGCUACAACUCUCCUCGAGUUCUCCUAAGUGACAACACACCACUGGAACCACCACCACUGUACCUCACAGAGGAUUAUGUUGGAAGUUCAGUGGUAUUAAACAGAACCUCUCGAAGGAAAAGGUAUGCAGAACACAAGAGCCACCGAGGGGAAUAUUCUGUUUGUGACAGUGAAAGCUUAUGGGUCACGGACAAAUCAUCCGCUAUCGACAUUAGAGGACACCAGGUAACUGUGCUGGGAGAAAUAAAAACAGGCAACUCUCCAGUUAAGCAAUAUUUUUAUGAAACAAGGUGUAAAGAAGCCAAACCUGUUAAAAAUGGCUGCCGAGGCAUUGACGACAAGCACUGGAACUCCCAGUGCAAGACAUCCCAAACUUACGUUAGAGCAUUGACUUCAGAAAACAAUAAACUUGUAGGCUGGAGAUGGAUAAGAAUAGACACCUCCUGCGUGUGUGCAUUGUCAAGAAAAAUAGGAAGAACAUAAAUCUACAUCUCUUUGUUAUAUAAGUUAUUACUUUAAAUUAUAUGAUAUGCAUGUAGCAUAUAAAUGUUUAUAUUGUUUUAUAUAUUAUAAGUUGACCUUAUUUAUUAAACUUCAGCAAAUCUACAGUAUAUAAGCUUUCUCUCUCAAUAAAUAAGACUAAAGGCUGUGCACCUCUGCUAUGGGCAACUCCAGAUUACUUUAGACUAUGUUUGUGACACAGUUUGUUGGCAGAACACCAUAACCUGACUGUAAAAUCUGUGUAAAAUCAGUAUUCUUCAUUCAGUAUUGUCAAACCAGUGACAGUCAUUUAGUUAACGUUAAAAAUCAGAUCAAUGUCAAGAGUUGUGUACAUAUUUAUAUCUCUCACUAUACGUCCACAUUUAAUUGGAUUCAGAAUCAACACCUCAUUGCCAAAGAAAAAAGGACUAAGAUAUGAGCCUGCAGCUGAUUUUGUCGUUAGAGUCAUCAAGUAACUGUAAAAUACAACUUAUGUUUAUCAUAUCAGUUUUGUCAAUGAAAUGACCAUUUUCUCUGUUAGCAUUUCAGGAUGAUAGUUUAUAAUCUGGCAACCACUGUUGUUUUUUAAAGCACAUUGGUUUUACAACUAUUUCUAAUGCUGACAAGUAAUCUUAGAAACAAUAUUUUAAAAAUCUAAAACAUUUGUAACUAAACUAAUGAGACCAAGAGCAGAUCUAAAUGGAUCAUUAAUACAUAAACAAUUAUUUCUUCUGGAUAUAGUAUUUAUUGUGAUUGACAUUUUCUUCUACACUAAUCUAUUAUCUCUUGCUUAAUUUUUACAUCAUUCUUCUCUGUCUCAAUGUUUAAAUUAGAAACAAAGCCAGUGUUGUCUUAAUGUUAAAAGAGAUCUUGUCUUAAGGAUUGUAAUACAGAAAGAGAUUAUAUCCUGAAAUGGCUAUCAAAGUCACACACACAUAUGAAACUGUUCUCCUCAGUAACACAGUCCUCAUUUUUAAUGGAGGAAAAAAUGAGUAGAACCUCACAACAAACCUGGUAUCUUUCACAGAGACAGAAAAGAUUUUACUUUUUCUUUUUGAGCCAUAUUGUCAUUAAAAUUCAGGUAAACCAUAGCUAUAAUGAAGUUAUUCAGUCACAAAGGUUUGUGGUUAGGGCAGAAAAACCUGCUAACAUAUACCUCAAACUAUUUUUUGCAUUGUCAUGUAGCUCCAGUGGGGACACUAAUAAUUAUGCUACCUGAAGAUAAGGGCCAUUCUACAUUAGUUGUAUUUUGCCCUGGAUGGUAUCUUACUGUCAUAAAAGUAAACUAGAGUCAUGUCAUGGAUUUCAGUCAACAGAACUAAGAUUGAACCACAUAAAUUACCUGUCCCUAGCUAGUUCUUAAUCCACAAUCAGUGCUCAAAACAAAGCCCCACAAAAAAAGCAGCUAUAGUGGCCUUAAAUUUUUAUCUUAUGGCUUUCAUUGCUGUAGCACAUUCCACAUCAAAAAUGAAAAUGAGAUCAGAGUAUGCAAAAAUAUGGUGAUAAGGUGCCUUUAUUCAUAUAAUUUUUACUACUGGAGAAUCAACUCUGAAUCUAUAACAGGUGAUCAAUGCAGCAAAUUGUGUGGUCUCCCCUAAUCCCUUGCAGAGACCCUUACACAUAAUAAAAUGGAUAGGUUUCUCAUGAGCACAAGCAGGGGAAUAACUGACACUGAAAACUAGGCUGGAGCUUGGAGGUGUAAUUCUGGAGGAGAGGCCCUAAAUAAAGGAUUUGUUUGAAAAUUCUCUCAGUUUUCAAUAUGAGGCCAGGGUAUUUACCUCAGAGGAAAAGUAAUCACUUCAGUGGACUAAAAACUAAUUUUGCUUUGAGCAAUAACAGCUUCAGUUUUAAUGCCAAGGCAAUCAUUAAAAGGGAAGAGAUAAUAUAACAUGACAAGCAACUCAGUAUCUAAUAAAUGUGAUUAGAUUUUUUUUCCUGAAUUCUCCCUUCUUGGAAGACAAAAUAAAACCCUCAGCAGAUCUUGUGCUAUUUUUACUGGCAGAAAAGUGUAAGUUACAAUAACCCCUGACUAUUAUUUUUUCUGUUUGUGAGGAGAAGAAUAUUUUUAAGAGGACUAUCCCACUGAAAAAUUUUCCAAGUUAUAAACCCAAUUUUACACCCAAAAUUCCCAAAUAGAGAUUAUUUUCAGAUGUGGUGAAUAACUGAGAGUAGAUAUUGUCAUGUAUCAUUAACUUCAGAGGUCUCCAUUCUUCCAUGCAUCAAUUAGGUCUAUAUCCAUAUGAGAAGAGCAUCCACUGAACUUGGAUAGACAUUGUUGUUUACAUCCCAUUAAUUGGUGACUUCACUGUUCCUGGUGUAUGGAUGGUGCUCUUGUUUACAUCACUGUAUAUCCAGAGAAAGUAUACUAAAUACAGGUGAGAAAAUGUGUUCCUAUAGCAAUGUAAUUAACAUCAGAAUUGAUUCUAAUCUAAUUAUUUCCACCACUGAAAAUCAAAAGAUGAUCAUUCUUCAUAGGUUUAAAGAAAACAAUUUGUUAUUCUAGUUAAAGAAAGUAAUUAUGAUUCUUAACAUUACUGAUGUAUUGAGUGUUUUCUAAGUGCCCAGCAAAAACACAUCAGAGUAAAUGUAACACCAAUCACCUGAAACAUAUUAAAUAGGAAAGAAACAGGGUGCUUAAGGUUAUGAGAUCAGCUGCCUCUUUCUUACCUCAGUAUAGCAACGAACAGAAGUGUUACACUUUGGAUAUGAUCCAACUUCCAUCGAAGUCAACAAAAAAAUACUGCGGGGAAAGCUGCAUCAGGCCAUGAGCAAAGAAAAACCUGCAGAUCUCAAUCAGAGAGCAGAGCAAUUGCACACAUUAGUUACAUGUUCUUGUAAAACCUGUGUACACAUAAGAUGCUGUAUAAUUUUGUAACAAGUUUGUAAACAAAGCCUGCAAUAAAUUUGUUAAAGCUUA